AUGCGUCAUCCCAGAUUUCUCAUAUUGCUCCUCGCAGGUGUCGCUUCUCUCGUGGCUGGAGGUGACGAUUACAAUUAUUUCACAAAUCCAGCCUCCAACACUGGCGUGAAUCCAGUCUUCACACUAGGUGACAAGCUAGUUGUCUCAUGGAAGACCACGCUUGAGGUAUUCAACGUCUCUAUCUGGCAGCAAAGCUUGGUAGAGACAGGUGCCGCCAGCCAGGGAAAUAUUUUCUCCAAAAUACAUUCCACCGACUAUGUCACCAACUUCACGUGGGUUGUUCAGGUGUACGGAUUUGAUCUGUCGUACUCAAACGUCUUCUUUCUCUGGAUCAACCCAGAUGAGAAGGGUGGAUUUGUUUCCACAUACUUCAACGUCACCGAGCCUGUCGCCACUACCAGCACUACUGCGUCUUCAACAACAUCCACAUCUGCAUCUGCGUCCGCGUCGACAAAUACGCCACAUACGACCAUCAAGCUCUCCUCCUCACCGUCAUCGUCAUCCUUAUCGUCUCUGUCGAUCUCAGCCUCUGGCCAAACAUCCCAGUUAGCCAUGACCGAAAAGAUCGCAAUCGGAAUCGGAAUCGGAGUUGGUCUCCCGAUACUAUGCAUUUUGGGUGUGCUGCUCUACUUUAAGAUACGAAACUCCAAUGGCAAAACGAUAUCUCCGGAAACAAUACACCCUUGGGUGGUUCAUAAUGUCCCGCCAUCACCGCCUAAAGAGGUGCAUGGAGGGAGCUUGACCCCUCAUCUUGCUGAGUUACCUCACCGGCCAUAUCGGUGA